UUGGGAAAGUAUAGACCCCCAAAACGGCCCAAAAAAUAAUAAUUUGGGCCGUUCUGUUCUGCGCUUCCAGUAGAUCCUGAUCGGACUGCCCGAACCUUGCAACAAGUCUACAACUGAUUGUACAACAUCGCCUACUAAGCUGGUACGCCUCUUAUUGAAUCAAGCAACCUUCGACCCGAACGCUAUCUACAACCUCACAAUGAAUAGGUUCAACCGCCCGCUCUUCCGAGAGCUUUCCCGGACAUAUUUUCGAAACUUCUCUACAGCCAGACCGACAGCUACAAAACCGAAAUCGACGCCCUCGUCACCGACCGUCUCCCCCUCUAUCUCUAGAGAUUUCCCAUGGCGAACGAUCGCUCAGGAUCCCAAGACGAACGAGGUCAUUCAAGAACGUACCAUCUAUGCGAGGCCGUUGAACUUUAGGCCGAAAUUGCUAUGGGUGGUCAUGCUCGCCAUGGUGCCCGGAUGUUUCCUAGCCGCGGACACCGUGCAGAUGAAGCUCGAACUAGAUGAGAAGAUUGCCGCUAUCGAGCAAGAACAGGCGACCAAAAUGUCUACUUUACCAUCACCGGAGAACUCAACAACGGCCGUAAAGCCAUCACCAACAACACCGGCUCUCCCGACUGAAACUGAAGUCGUAGCGACCUCACCUGCAGUCGCACCCUCCCCCUUCGCUCCGAUCACCGACAUCAUCUCCCCAGAGUCCAUCCUCUCCGGCUUCCUAGUCUCUAUCGGCGGAGCGAUCUCGGUCCUCAUUCUCUACUACCCUACCCGGGUCGUCAGCCGUCUCACUCAGAUGCGCCGUGUAGCCACUGCCGAUCUCCCUGCCUCAGUAGCUUCCAAGGCUUCUUCUUUGCCCCUGCCUAUACGGACCCGGGUUGAUGUGAACAGGAAGAAGGGGGAAGAGCUGGGCCAGACGUGGAUCAGGAUGGAGACGGCCGCAGAGGGGAUGUGGGCGGGCAAGUUUGGGUUGCCGAGGGACAUCAGGAUGGAGAGGGUUCAUCCUGGUCUGAUCCGGGGUGGGACCACCUCAUCGCCAUACCUACGUCUACGAAUAGACCCUCUCCCUACCUUCUUCUCGCUCGACAAACAGUCUUACCGGUUAGACUUCCGACGGGUGGAAGACCGGGACUUCAAGAGUAAGGAAGACGAGGUGGUAGUCAGUUGGAAGCGGCUCGAACAGGUCUUCGGCGAGUUGGUUUAGUGGCUACAUUCUACAUCACUUCGAAUCGGCGUGGCAAGGAACAGAAAAAGCAGGGGCCGGCCAGCAUGUUCUCCAGAUGGGCGGUCACUUUGCAUUAUUCCUUUCUUUACUUGAUUUGGAUUGUUACAACCGAUUCAUCUAGACGUACAUACUUUUGCAGCAUCCAUCAUCUUCCGACGUGACUGCACUGCAUCGCUGAGGCGACUCUCACUCGUCGUCCUCGUCCGAAGCGACAGCCUCCUCUUCAUCAUCAUCUGCAACCUCGUCGUCGUACUCUUCGUCGUCCUACCGUGUCCACAGCGAAGAACAACAUCUC